GUUUUCUUUUUUUGGGCUUAACUUCGGAUAAAGGGUUGUUGCUGUGAUGAAUUUUGGUGGCUUGGCAAAGAUUAAUUCUUUAUCAGAUUUAUGUCUUUGAGUUGUUAGUCUUUUGUGUUAAGAUGGCUAUUCAUUCUUGCAAUUUCUUCUUUAAGAUUUUUCAAGUGCAGCUUCAGUUGGUCUGAGUAAACUGAGCAAAAUGAAGGGUGGGUGGAUACUGUUGCUUCUCCUUUGCUUGAAUACAGUCACUUCUGGUGUGAUUGCUGCUGGGCCACCAACAUGCCCUGCUGAUCUUGGGGGCAAAUGUGCUGAUUCAGAUGAAUGGAAAGGGGAAUUCUUCCCUGGCAUUCCCAAAAUUAAAUACGAGGGUCCUUCUAGCAAGAAUCCACUUGCAUAUAAAUGGUAUAAUGCAGAAGAGGAGAUUCUGGGGAAGAAAAUGAAGGACUGGAUGAGAUUUAGCAUUGCAUUUUGGCAUACAUUCCGCGGGACAGGAGCUGACCCGUUUGGUGCACCAACUAAAUAUUGGCCUUGGGAGGAUGGUACUGAUUCAUUGGCUAUGGCCAAAAGAAGAAUGAGAGCUAAUUUUGAGUUACUGGACAAGCUGGGAGUUGACAGAUGGUGUUUCCAUGAUAGGGAUAUAGCCCCAGCUGGAAAAACUAUUGAGGAAAGUAAUGCAAACUUGGAUGAAGUGGUGGCCCUUGCAAAAGAACUCCAAGGAACCAAGAUACUUCCUUUAUGGGGCACAGCUCAAUUGUUUUUACAUCCUCGUUACAUGCAUGGUGCUGCAACCAGCUCUGAUGUAGGUGUAUAUGCAUAUGCUGCAGCUCAAGUUAAGAAAGCAAUAGAGGUCACACAUUACUUAGGUGGAGAAAAUUAUGUCUUUUGGGGCGGUCGUGAGGGGUAUCAGUCUCUUUUAAACACAGAUAUGGAAAGGGAGCUUGAUCAUAUGGCAAGAUUUAUGGAAGCAGCUGUUGCCUACAAGAAGAAGAUUGGAUUCAAUGGGACUCUGCUAAUUGAGCCCAAACCACAAGAGCCUACUAAACACCAGUAUGAUUGGGAUGCUGCCACAGCAGCUAAUUUCUUGCGAAAAUAUGGGCUUAUAGAUGAAUUUAAGCUCAACAUUGAGUGCAAUCAUGCCACGCUUUCUGGUCACAGCUGUCAUCAUGAGCUAGAAACUGCAAGAAUCAAUGGCUUGCUAGGAAAUAUUGAUGCCAACACUGGCGAUCCUCAGAUUGGAUGGGAUACAGAUCAGUUCAUGACAGAUAUUGCAGAGGCAACUCUUGUUAUGACGAGUGUGAUUAGAAAUGGAGGACUGGCACCAGGAGGAUUCAAUUUUGAUGCAAAAUUGCGAAGAGAAAGUACAGAUGUUGAGGAUAUUUUCAUUGCUCAUAUUGGUGGAAUGGAUACCUUGGCUCGUGGACUCCGAAAUGCUGCUAAGUUGAUUGAGGAUGGUUCUUUGGCUGAGCUUGUCCGCAAACGCUAUGAGAGUUUUGACACAGAAAUCGGAGCACAAAUAGAGGCUGGUAAGGCUGAUUUUGAAAUGCUUGAGAAGAAAGCCAUCGAGUGGGGAGAACCUAAAGUUCCUUCUGCCAAGCAGGAACUUGCAGAGAUGAUUUUCCAGUCCGCACUGUAGAGUACAGUAAAUAGCAGUGAACUAGUAGUAGGGCUUUUUGCAAUAAUCUAUGGUAGAAACAAUACAUACACAUACUAGUGCUUAUCGAGUCGAGCAAAAUGCAGGAUAAGUUAUGAACAAAGUUUUAUUUACUAAUUUAAUUUAAUGCUUUGAGCUGUUUUCAUAUGAAAUUCCCAUUAUUUAUCAAUUUGAUAUUUAGAUUUCUCAGGAAUGAAAAUGAUUGUUCUUUUUGUCUA